AGAAAUGUCACAAGAAAACUCAAAAAGUUUUGAGAAUAGUGAUUCGAAUAUUAAUGAAUUCGCAAGAAACACUGAAGAAAGAUUCAGCAGACCUGAUAACCCAAAGGAGGAGACUAAGGAGCCUGUUCCAGGCAAUCAGCUUGACCCUAAUGCUAGUGAUGAUUCACCUGAUAAAAUUUAUAAAAUCGAAGAUGCCAUGCAUGAAGGACACAUGCAGAACAAUCGAGAAGAUUUUACAGAUAGUAGUAUUCAGAGGCCAAGUCAAGUUAAUUCUAUGGCUAUGAGAAGCAAGAAAAGCAGUGCUUCAAAGGUUUUCCCACAAAAAGGUCCAUCUAGUUUCAAGAAAGAAAUGUUUGCAAAUAACAUGGUGACCAAUGCGAAGAAGUCUGUGAAGAAAUCAGUAACUAAAAGUAGAAAAGCUCACAAGAAGAGAGCUGUCGAUAUCGACGAAAUGAUUGAUGAAGAAGACGACGAUGCAAGCGUGAGUCUCACUAAAAAGGGCAGCCUUGAGCCUAUCAAAGAGACUGAAGAUGAAUAUACCUCCAAAUCAAGACAGAUAUCAAUGAAAGUUGAGGGGUUAAAGCACAAAAUGAAGAAAAGAGGGAUUUCAAAAUCUAAAAUUAAGAAGCUCCAGACUAACAGCAACAAGCCGAAUUAUAUACCAAACAAAAGGAUAGUUAAUCAGAAUGACUCCCAGGACGAUGGAAGUGAACACAACAAGUCUGGCUUCUUCCAACCAUCAACCUUUGGGCCUAACAGGAAUUCUGAGGGUUCAGACACAUCAGAAACUCCAGGAAUCAGAUUUCCGCUUGACAGGAAGAAAACUCUUGUAGGUAAGAUGGGCCAAGCCCAUGCCUCUGCUACUCAAAAGCCAAAAAUGAAGCUGAUCAAGGGAUUAGUUAACCAAGUUUUUGAAAAAGACAACGAUAAUGCUCCAGAAGUGCCAUUAGAGCACAUAGAGGUAGCUACAGAUACUUACAAUGAUUUGAAAUACGGUUCCUCUAUUAUCAUCAGCCUGAACGAAGAUGAGUAUGGGGAUGGAGAGGAAGAGAAGCAGAAUAGACUGAGUAUUAGACUAAGAACCUCAGACAGAGUAAAACCAUUUGAAAUGCAGAAGGAUGAUUACGAUAUUAACUGCACUUUCAAAAUUCUUCCUUACUCACAAUACACAAUGCAGAGUAAAAUCUUAAACAUUGUCGAGGAGGAUGAGCUUGGAGAGAACAUUGAAAUUGAUUACGAAAACUUCAUCUCUGAAAUUGACUCAAAUACUGCUAAUUAUAACCUUAGUAUGAACCAAUCUAUUAGUUAUGGUUCAAGGAUCCAGCUUUAUCAUGAUAGCUCAAAGAGGUUCUUGUGCUAUUAUAAUGAGAAGCUUGAAGGCAUCAGGGAUGCUUUUGAUAACAUGUAUGCUGAUAGUGAGAGCUUUUACCUUGGCUUCUCUGAAUAUCCAGCUGAGAAUACUCAUUUUAGCUUCGAGACUGUUCCUAUGUAUCAGCAAGAAGAAGAUGGUUACAUCAAAGCUUUCCAUUAUCUCUAUCUCACUUGUGUAGAGAAGGGGAAGAAGCAUUAUUUGUAUAGUAUCAGCAAAGAGAAUAAGCCAGCAAAAUGCCUGAUGACAGAGUCUUAUCGAACUCCUCUCAGUGUUAAUGUUAUUAGGGAGCAUAAAGAGCAUGAAGCUGCUAGGAAUAUUGGUAGAACUGAUGUCGUUCUUAUUUCAUUCGCUAAUGACAACUUUUACCUGAACUGUCCUCAAGAAUUAGAUGAAAAUACAGGAAAUUUCAAAGAGCUUAAUGUUCAAUUCCACAGAUGGCAAGAUGCCAAGAGCAUUGACUUUAAUGGAUGGUGGCAAAUUGAGACGAGUGAAGGAUCUAAACAAUGUAAAAUUAGGAACUUCAACAACGGAAAGUAUCUCAAAGCAAUAAGAACCUCCCAUCAGGAUGUAUGUCCUAUUGAACUAGUUGAAAGCGGAGAUGAAGCCUCUUCCUUCUUUUUCUUGUCGAUAAACUCUGAUAAGCCAGAUACUGCGUCAAUCACUGAAAGAGACAUUUUCAAGAUAAUGCUUCCUGGCGAAGGGGAGGACGAACCAAAUAUCUUUAUGUCAAUGGAGCCAGAUGAUAAGAAAGAUGACUACCUCGAAGAUCAUUCUUAUUCAGACAAGAAGAAAGUUAGGCUAGAUAAGCAAUUCAAAGUGAACACAUUUGAUGCUUUCAAGGUCAUUAUCCCUAAGGAAGAUGAGUACAUGGAGCUGUCUCUUUGUCUAGAUUCUCGGGAGUAUGUAGACCUGUUCUUCUCAAAAUUACUGAAAACUCAAGAUGUCAGAGACUUCAUUUAUUCGAAAAAGGAAGGUUAUGCAACGGUAUUCAUCCAGCUCCUCGAUUUCAUGUGGAACAAGCUGAAGGGAAAAACAAGGGCAGAGUAUAAAAUUGGAGAGAUCAUCCCUCACAGGCAAGAAAUGGUUUCCAAAGUGGGAAUCCUUCAGAAAAUGUUUGAUUUUCUUGAAGUUAUCGACCAAAUAGUCACCCAGGAUAACCAAGAUGAGAUAUUAAGCGAGUUUGAGCUUGACGAGUAUGAGGGCUUUAACAACCUUCUUGAGGUUACAAUUAAGACUAUUCAUGUAGCUACAAUGAACCAUCAGAACAAUACCCUACAAUGAAUUCACCACAUGGAUGUUCUGCAGAACUUCAUAUUUGUAGACGGGUGCUCUUCUUUACUAAUAGAUAUCUUUAAGGACAAGGACUUCGAGAUUAACAAGAAGGAAAUCCAUUCUGAGCUGUUCUAUCGAAGAAUUUAUGAAAUUCAGAGAUUUGAGAAGAUCAUUCUCCACUUCACAGGCCUAGCUAAGCAGAGGAGAGACCCUAGAUACUUACUAAUCUUGAGAAAAAUGUGUAUCAUCAGCAGAAAUCCUCUUCCUUUAGUGCAGGAAGCUAUUUUCGAACAUUUAUAUGACUCAGAUGAUUUCUUAACCAAGUUUGAGUUAAACAUUGAGAUAGAUGAGUUUGCUUCAAAGCAGUAUGAAGGGGGAAGUAAUGAUAUCACAGUUGUUUACUACCCAAACUUAGAGCAAAAUGGCGUAGGACCUCAUAGUUUUUAAUAAAAAUAUUGCUCCCAACACUGAUGGCGAAAAAUGCCAUGUUCCUAUUAAGGAAUUUUUAGAAGAGGUAGAGGAUGAUGAAGAUCAGUUCUUUGACUCAUAUAAGAAUGAGAGAGGCUUCUUCCUUGAGCAGAUUAGCUUAGAAGCUGACCUCUGCUUUGGCAGAAACGAUAAAAAUAAAGAGUAUUUUAGAGAGAAAUACCCUUGAUAUUGGCUGAUUGAUUGUUUGCAAGAUGAUGAGCUUGACCAGAAGUUUAGAGGAUCUUUGAUUAGAUUGCUUUAUAGUAUUUACAUUGAUGACCCUCCUCACAAGUUGUUAAAAAUGGAGAGAGCUUUCAAGGCGUAUGAGUCUGCAGAUGAAUACAUCCAGAAGAUCUCUUCAACAAGAAAUAAUCACAUUACUGAUGUAGACCUUGACCACCUCGUCGACUUUAUUAAAGAAUACAUGACAGCUUUUGCGAAGAAAGCAACAGGAGUUAGCUACCUAAAGAAUUUUGAUAUGGAGUUUGUCAGGCUCUUGAAUUAUCUGAUCAGGUUUGGCUUAUUUAUCUACAGAGAUAAAACCUUCCAGAGCAAGGAUAUUGAUUUUGUGUUCAGUUAUCUCUGCCAUAUUUGUGAUAUUUUUACUACGAAGAGUUAUAUUACCUCAAAGCACUCAUUAGAUAAGAUCAUUAGUAAAGAUACAAUUUUGACAGAUGCAUCAAAGAUGAAUCCAAUUCAGAAGGCAUCUUAUGAUAUCAAGUACCAACUCUUUAACAAGAAUUUUUCGUCUCACGAGACAGAUACUAAUGACGAGAAUCCUUCAAACAGUCCUGAAGAGAUCAGUAUCAAUGCGAAGAAGUUCCAUAUCAAGAUCUUGAUCGAGAUAGUGAAUAUGUUCCACUUAUUUAACGACCUGAGGCAGCAGUACUUAAUUUCCAACAAUAUUGAGUACUUCUACAUGAAUAUUUUUCAACCUCACUCGGAAACUGAUUAUCAGAGCUUUAGUGAAGAAGAUUUGAACAAUUUUAACCAGAAAUUAUGAGAUGAAUUUCAACACUUAAUUCCUGAUUGUAAAGACCCCCAUCAGCAUCUGAAGUACGUCCUCCCAAAUCUAGAUGCAAUGUAUGAGAACAAUGAACUUGACCAAUAUAAGGUUCAGAUUAUCUCAAAAAGUGCAAUUCAGAUGCUGGAAGAGAAUAAUAAAGGAAAACCUAGCCUUGCCAAGGUCAGUGUCCAGGAGAUGCAUGAUGAAUUCGUAGCUCUCAUGAUUGACACCUUUAAUCUCCACUCCUACGAUCCGGACCUUAGACAGCUGAUCAUUCUUCUAAUUGCUAGGUAUCAUUCUGAGCGAGCUGAGUUCAUCAGGAAUUUGGACAGGACUAUACUGUUCUUUGACGAAAGUGACUAUUUGUUCUACAACUGGUUACAGCAGCAACUAGAAAAGUUCAUUUUUAACAGCGAAAAAUCAAAUGUGUGGCUCCUAAAGAUCAAAGCUCUCAUCUCAAACUUUAAUAAAGAAAUUAUCGAAGAUAUUGAAGUUACAGAAGAACUCAAGGAUCUCAAGCAGAUUCUGAGUGAGUUGAAAUGGGCCUUGGUCUACAACUGCAAGAUCCUAAGGAACGACAGUGGGGAAGGAGAUCAGUAUAUCCUCCAUCACACCAAAGGUGAUAGGAAAAUAAGUUUUUAUGCCCAGAACUUGUACCGCAAUGCAAAAGUGUACGACUACCUUAUAAAUUUCCUCUUCCAGAAUAAAGAGCUGCUGAUGAAGGUUAGAUCAAUUAAAGUGGGCAGUCUCAAUGAAAACCAGAAGGAAAUUGUGUACAGAGUCAAACAAAUUUUUAGGAAGAUUUUCAGAAUUUUAGAAUUUAUGACCUCUCAAAACCCAGAAACUCAGGAACUCAUGUGGAAAUAUAAGGAGGACUUUGUCUUUGAAGAUCUUGGUAAUAUCGAGCAAGAUGGUGAAUUGGAAUUCGUGUUAAAGAUCAUUGAUGAUUCUGAGAAUGCUAUCAAAUACCACCAAAAUAAAUGGACAUUGACUAAGACUCGUCAAUUUGUCAACUCUCUCAACCAAAGAAUCAGGAAUAGUGAAAACUUUGUGCUAAUUUUGGAGAUCUACAACAAGUUGAUUAAAUUUGAGGCGAUCUCCUUCCUGAAGCAAUCUCUGACAAAGCUGAUCAUGUCAACUCCAGAGGAUAUUCAUUCGCAUGAUAAAGAAACAAGGAGGGAUUUUGAAAAGGCCCAGAAUUUGCAAGAAAUUAUUUAUAGUAUAAUCCAAGAUCAGGAGAAAGUGUUCACUAGAGAUUUCCUCGCUCAACACUUUCCACUUGAAAAAGCAUUUAAUGAGAUAUGCAGCAGCAUUGAUAGACUAAACGAAAUUGAAGAGACCGAAAAAGAUAAAAAGUACGAUAGCCAGGACUAUGAUGAACUCAGGGAUUACCAGUACAUUGACCUUCUCAAUAUUUACACUCAGCUUUAUUUCCAUGAAAGAUACUCUAAUAUUACUAAAUCGGAGCUGGAAGAGUGAAUGACAACUUUGACUAGUCAAUACUUACAGAAGUUGAAUGACUUCAACAGUGUUAGCGAUUUUGAUCAACCAGACAAUAUCAAAAACAGCUCAAUGAAAUUCUUGCUGAUUUACUGUCGUAGCUUCUUCAAAAGGAUGGAAAAACACUAUAAAUUCAUUGCAGAGAAAGACCUUACUUCUAGGCACCACGCAGUCUCUUCUUUCAAAGGAGGUGAGUAUUCUCCAAGAGCGAGUGCUCUUGGCGGCUUCGAAGCUCUUAAAAAGAAGAAACAAGAGAUUGAGCAGCUUAUUGACCAGAUUUACGAAAGAAUGGAGAAUACAGGUGAAGACAAGUAUCAUGAUAUUAUUGACGAAAUCAAUGAUAUGGAGGAAACAGAGCUCCCUUCUAGUGAUCCUUCCUUGAGAAGCAACUUUAACAAAAGCUCAAGAAUCACUAUAAAGAGAGGACAUACAAUGAAGGAGAAGAAUAAUGCCACUAAUCGUAGUCAGCUAUCUCAUGUUUUUACAACAAUCUGGAAUAGGUAUAUCAAAGAUAUUUCAACUAAGAGAAGCUCCAGAAUUCUUGUUGAUAAAGAGCAUAUUGAUUUAGCAAAUCUAAUGUUCAAGACUUUGACCAAUAAGAAUUCCCAUGUACUGCUGCAACAAUCCUACAAAACUUUUAUCAGUACAAGUAUUGAUUAUGUCUUCUCUUGUGAGAAAGCUAACUGGAAUUUGUACAUCAUUGUCUUCAUAUUCAAAAUCAAUUCAAUGCUACUGAGCUUGUGUAGCAAAGAGAUGAAGAAAUCAGCUGCUUCUGAGAUGAAAUAAAAUGAUAGAAUCAAAUGUUCUUGACUCAGUAGACACACUUAGGACAUCUAGCAUGAUAUUCAAAAUUCUAUCAUCCUCCAAAGAUGACAUUUUCUGCUACUCAAAUGAGAUAUUUAAUAUUACUGCUUACUUCUGCAACAAGUUGCUUGGGCUAAGAUCUGAAAGCAUUCAGAAUAAGUUUUUGGGAUUUUUCAAAACAGAUUCCACAUCAGAGCACUUCUUCAACCAAUGUUAUGAAUACAUCCAGGUGCAUCGAGACAAGCUAGAGAGAGGCACUCUGCGAGCUUAUUAUAGCAGACAAAAGUACACAGACGAGCUAGCCAGCAGCUGUUACCUCGUAGACAAAAAUCUUGAAAAGCAAGUGGUAUCUCUUAUGGCUAACUUCUGUGCUCAUGAUAAUAAAGAGAUGCAGAACUACAUGCGUGAUCAAUCGAACAACACGAAGAAUUACAACAUGAUUCAAAUGAUCACUGACUAUUCAGGAAAAUUUUUGAGCCACCUCCAGUACCCUGUUGCUUACGACACUUUCCAGAAAACGCUUGACUGCUUGAUGGAAUUCAAUAGAGGGCCAAAUAAGAUUAACCAAGAGAUUAUUGUUGAAAGAGGCUUCAUUUCUGUGGCUAAUGAAAUACUUAAAAUGGACUAUAAUGUUGAAGAGGAAGUCCAAGAAAACACCAACCUAAGGCCAAAGCUUAAACCUACUAAGCAAUUGAGUUUGCUUAAUGGGGAUUCUUACGGAAAAUCAUCUUUGCCAAGUCUUUCGAAGAAAUCCUCUCGAAAGAGAAGAGAGGAAGUAUACUAUGGAGAUGAAGUAACUCAGCCCCAAAACAACUUCAUGAUCAGUAUGGUUAAGUAUAAAUCAUUAUUGAUCCUCCUUGAGCUCUUAGUCGGAAGAAACAGAACUAAUUAUGUCUACUAUAUACUCAGAAGAGUGUUGGACCCUGAUGUAUUUAGAAAGAACUUUGCUUAUCAAGCUUAUUUUGUCAAGAGAUUCCACAGAAAUGAAUACUCUAUCAAGCUUUUUUUUAGAUAUAAUUUGGAUGUUGAGACUGACAAUAACUCUCCCUUGAUCGUUGAAGUUGGAUUCAAUCUCUAUUUCCUUCUUAUGCGUAUGUCAGCUAAUUUGGCUGUUGAUAUGGACGAAAAAUACUACAAUAGAUUGGUGAGGUUCAUCACAUUGAGAGAAACAAAAUCUUACAAGAAUAAUCAGUGGUUAAUCGAGGACUUGUGGGACUUUACAAAAUCUCUGGUCAAUAUUUUCAUUAGCAACUGUCACAAAAAGAAUAAGUUGAUUCAAAUGGAAGAAGUUACUCAUAUUGUAAAGCAAGAUGCUGAGAUUACUCGUAUUCUUAGAUUCUUUUCUCAGAAUGUAUCUCAGAUUGAAAUCUUUGUUGAAGGUAAACCCUUCACUCAGUUCUUCCCUUUACUACCUUACUGUAAAUUUGAUUCUGAGGUUCCCAAAGAAAAGUUCAGCUUAAUGGUUGAUCGAACUAAUGCUAAAACAAAAUGUGAUUCCCUUAUGAGAGAAAGUCAGUACAUAAUCUCUGAUUUGAAGGUAAAUUACUGGCUUAAGAAAGGCCUGAGCAGAUUUGUUGGUCUAUGCCAAGAAUACUCAGAUAUGUUCAAAAGUCUAUUAUCAAUUCUUGGAAUUCUGAUUAAUGGUAUGAUCCUUUUCUCCUACAGCAUUAAUGUAGGAGAGAGAACAGGAGAUCCUGUGUUCUCAAAUACCUCUGUAAAUUCAACAAAAGGUGUAAUGCUUGGACUGGGUAUUGCUAGCCUCAUACUUGUCUUCAUAACUUCCUUCCUUACGAGUUUUUCAAUAGUCGCAAAUUACUACAGAAGAUACAGCGUGUACGCAGCUGAUGAGGAAAAGAGAAUGAUUGAACUAAAUAAGAUAGAUAGGUUUAGCCAGAACUUCCCUCAACUCAGCAAGGCCAGAGCUUUUACCAAGUUUAUCUACGAAGCGAUAUCCGACUGGAGAAUUAUGUACCAUAUCUUAUUGUUCCUAUUGACACUAACAGGAGUGGUAUUCCACCCAUUCUUCUACACAUUCUUGCUGACUGUCUUCGUGUACCGUAGGAAAGCCUUGAUGGAUGUAUUGAAAGCUAUUGUAAAGCCUUACGAAAGUUUGGGGUUGACAAUCCUUCUGAUGUUCAUGGUUAUCUAUGCGUUCACUAUAGUAGCAUACUCGUAUUACUACGAUGAUUACACAGAGAACGACUGCUAUAGUCUCUGGACCUGCUUCUUGAUCAGCUUCGAUAAUACCUUUAAAAAUGAUGGUGGAGUUGGAGGCUACCUUGAAUCAGCUUAUGUGAGGGAGACCGAUGGCAUUGAUGUGACUUAUGGUAGGGUCAUCUUCGAUAACCUUGCCUUUUUCGUAGUCGGUAUUCUCAUGAUCGAAAUCAUCUCAGGUCUCAUCAUCGACACUUUUGUGGAUUAUAGACAACAAAACAAAGAAAUUGAAGAUGACUGUAAAAAGAUCUGCUUCAUGUGCGAUAGGACAAGAGAGCAACUGGAGAAAAAUCUUGGAGUUGACGGUUUUAGGUUUCAUAUCCAUAACCAGCACUAUAUGUGGGAUUACAUCUUUUUCAUAGCCUAUCUGGGCUCGAAACAAGAAAGAGAAGGGCAGAUCAAGAACACCACCGAAAGAUAUGUCCUGGAUAAGAUCAAAGAGGACGAUCAUUCUUGGCUCCCUUGUUAUAACUAGAUUAUAUCCAAUUUGAAGUUCAA